GGGAGGCAGACGACAGCGGGGACUCAGAUUCCUUGCCCAGGGAGCCCCAGCCCCUCUUGCUGCCUCCCGCCCCAGAACGGGGACAGACUUGUGCGUGGCCUCCUGCGCCCGAGCAUCCUCCCGCCGCCCGCCCCGUCCUGCCCCCUCGGCCGCGGCCAGCUUCCUCGGGGUGGCCGGGAGGGCCGAGGACGUGCUCGGCCGUCGCACUUGCACUCAUGGAAGUCGCAGGGGCGCGGGCCACGUUCGGAGCCUGGGACUACGGGGUCUUCGCCCUCAUGCUGCUGGUGUCCACCGGCAUCGGGCUGGGGGUCGGGCUGGCUCGGGGCGGGCAGCGCAGCGCCGAAGACUUCUUCACGGGGGGCCGGCGCCUGGCGGCCCUGCCCGUGGGCCUCUCGCUGGCCGCCAGCUUCAUGUCGGCCGUGCAGGUGCUGGGCGUGCCGGCCGAGGCCUACCGCUACGGCCUCAAGUUCCUCUGGAUGUGCCUGGGCCAGCUGCUCAACUCCCUGCUCACUGCCGCCUUCUUCCUGCCCGUCUUCUACCGCCUGGGCCUCACCAGCACCUACCAGUACCUGGAGCUGCGCUUUAGCCGCGCGGUGCGGCUCUGCGGGACACUGCAAUACCUGGUGGCCACGGUGCUGUACACUGGCGUCGUCAUCUAUGCACCCGCGCUCAUCCUGAACCAAGUGACCGGGCUGGACAUCUGGGCGUCGCUCCUGUCCACCGGAAUUAUCUGCACCUUCUACACGGCUGUGGGUGGCAUGAAGGCUGUGGUUUGGACUGAUGUGUUCCAGGUGGUGGUGAUGCUGACUGGCUUCUGGGUCGUUCUGGUCCGCGGUGCCAUGCUUGUGGGUGGGCCCCGGCAUGUGCUCAGGCUUGCCCAGAACCACUCCCGGAUCAACCUAAUGGACUUUGACCCGGAUCCACGGAGCCGCUAUACAUUCUGGACAUUUGUUGUGGGUGGCACCUUGGUGUGGCUCUCGAUGUAUGGUGUGAACCAGGCACAGGUGCAGCGCUAUGUGGCCUGCCGCACGGAGAGGCAGGCCAAGCUGGCCCUGCUUAUCAACCAGCUGGGCCUGUUCCUGAUCGUGUUCAGUGCUGCUGGCUGCGGUAUCGUCAUGUUUGUAUUCUACAAUGACUGCGACCCUCUCCUCACAGGACAUAUCUCUGCCCCAGACCAGUACAUGCCCCUGCUGGUGCUGGACAUCUUUGAGGACCUGCCUGGAGUUCCCGGGCUCUUCCUGGCCUGUGCCUACAGCGGCACCCUCAGCACAGCUUCCACCAGCAUCAAUGCCAUGGCGGCCGUCACCGUGGAAGACCUCAUCAAACCGCGGCUGCCGAACCUGGCACCCCGGAAACUCGUGAUUAUCUCCAAGGGGCUCUCACUCGUCUACGGCUCGGCCUGUCUCACCGUGGCGGCUCUGGCCUCACUGCUGGGGGGCGGAGUCCUCCAGGGCUCCUUCACCGUCAUGGGGGUCAUCAGCGGGCCCCUUCUCGGAGGCUUCAUCCUGGGAAUGUCCCUGCCCGCCUGCAACACGCCCGGCGUCCUCUCAGGGCUGGGCGCGGGCUUGGCGCUGUCACUGUGGGUGGCCGUGGGCGCUACGCUGUACCCGCCUAGCGCGCAGACCAUGGGGGUCCUGCCCUCUUCGGCUACCGGCUGCUUGGCUCCCUCAGCCAACGUCUCUGGCCUUCUGGACCCCCUCCUCGCUGCCAACGCGUCCAGCAGGGCCCCCAGCUCCGCGUUAGACCCCGGCCGACCCCCCUUAGCUGACAGCUUCUACGCCAUCUCCUACCUCUAUUACGGUGCCCUAGGCACGCUGACCACCGUGCUGUGUGGAGCUCUCGUCAGCUGCCUGACGGGUCCAACCAAGCGCAGUGCCCUGGGUCCUGGGUUGCUGUGGUGGGACCUCGCACGGCAGACAGCGUCAGUGGCCCCCAAGGAGGAAGUGGCCAUCCUGGAUGACAGCUUGGUGAAGGGUCCUGAAGAACUCCCUCUUGGAAUCAAGAAGCCCCCUGGCUUCCUGCUCACUGAUGAGGACCAUCUGCUCUUCCUGGGGCAGAAGGAGGUGGAGGAUGCCAGCUCCUGGACCCCCGGCAGUGGACAUGAAGAUGGUCGUGACCAGCGGGAGACAGACCUCUGAGGGCAGAGCCAGCCCGGGACUGACCACCUGGGAUGGAACACCAUGAUGGGUCAAUCCCAGGCCACCAGCUAACAGCCUCGGGCUCCAGGCUCUGAUUGGCUGGAAUGCUUCGUAGGCAAACGCACUCAGAACUGCACAGUCCCCGCCCUGGGGAAGAGGCGAGGCCCCACCUUCAGGAGGUCAUUUUAUCCAGUCCCCUGCUUC